UCCUCUCUCUGUACACUGCACAGCAUGAAAUCAGCGCAUUGAACUGAUGAUCAGCAGGACCAAAUCCUCUGCACGAACUGCAUCGGCAUAAUGAACUUUGCACCCCUCCUUUUAUUCUACCUGAUCCUGAACAACAUAAGAGAUGUGUUAGCAGGGCAGUGCUGGCAGGGGCCGACGUAUUCUGAGAUGGUAGUGUCUCCUGAGUUGAGGAGCAGCAGCAUCCUGAGGGUUCCUGAGGUGUUGACGCUGGCCCAGUGUGUAGGUGCCUGCUGUGAUCUUCCAGGCUGUGACCUGGCCUGGUUCUUUGAGAGACACUGCUACAUCCUCAGCUGCCAACAAAAAGAAAACUGCCAGCCCAAAAAGAGACCAGGGACAGAUUCACGGUUGGCCUUCCUACAGCGCAGGCGUCCACAGACCCUGGUCCUGCAGUCCCUGGUACGUGGUGAGCCUUAUGCCAGCCAGUGGCGUCCAUUGCCCAGACACAGGGGCCCAGAAAACCCUCUGAAGGACCUGGCUUUACUGGAGGACAUUCAAGAUUUGGACAACACCAAUGCAAUGGAGUAUGAUGAGAGUUACAGGACUGUGGAGGAUGACAUCAGCGAAGAGAGGACUGCUUCAAAGAUGGAACAGGAGAAGAGUCAAAGACUACUUGACUGGUCUGUUGAGGAAAGAGAUGGAUUUAACUUCUCAGAGACAGAGGGAGGCAAAAUAAAACUUUCUGUAAUGGAGAGCACUGAGGACAGCCAGGCCACUCCCAGCUCCUCUCUAGCACUGACAGAUGGAAGCAGAACACCUUCCAGUCCAGCAGAACCUUCAUGGAGUCCUUUGGCAUUCAGUUUGCGUACUAUAAAGAAUGAGGAAGAUCAGUUUAACAUCUCUUUCACGGGUUUGGACCCAACAGCCAUGCCACAGGUAAUAGGUGUAGAUCUGUCCAAACUGAGGCCAGUUAGCAGCUCUCUCCCAUCUCCACCUAACAUGGGAUCCACAACCCCCAGCACCUCUUCACUUCCAGAAGCCCUGGUUGUGUCUAUUGGAGAUGUUGAUGAUAUAACGCUGCCUGAGAAUGCUAUAGAACUCACUGCCUCAGUCCAUUCACAGACUGAACCUGAGAACCCUUAUACAUAUGAAUGGAGUUUUGUUAGUGCACCGACUGGACAUCCAGGAGUGAUGGAGGGAAAACACGAGAGGACUGUAAAAGUCUCUGAGCUGUCCGCAGGUUUGUAUGUUGUCAAAAUAAGUGUGACAGGGAAGCAGGCCUAUGGGGAAAGUGCUGUAAACUUCACAGUGCAUCCUGAGGUUAGCCUGAAUAUGCCACCUAAAUCAGUCGCUCUGCCCAAACACCAGGAUGUAUCUCCAUCUGUUGAUACCAUCGUCUUCAUUAACGGCAGCCAGAGUUCUGAUGAUUCAGGUAUAGUCAGUUUCCUGUGGGAACAGGUGGCUGGACCAUUGUGGAACAGUGAUGGUCCUAUGAACACACCAGUACUCACAUUGCAGCACAUCCCUCCUGGAGACUACACAUUCAGGCUGACCGUGGUGGAUUCUGAGGGACUAAGUGACUCCACCACUGCCACAGUGAGAGUAAGCAGGCCUAAAGAUGAGCCUCCAGUGGCUAUAGCAGGCACUGACCAGGUCAUUCGGCUUCCUCUGAACCACCUGACAUUGUGGGCCAAUCAAAGCACAGACGAUCAUGCUAUUAGCAGCUUUCUGUGGAGCCUUCAGCCCAGCAGCCCGGCCAAAUCAGCAACAAUGCAGGGUGCCAGAUCUCCAGCUCUGCAGCUGUCUGAUCUCCAGGAGGGACGAUAUACUUUCCAGCUCACUGUCACUGACUCCAGCGGUCAGCAGGAUUCAGACACAGUCUCAGUCACUGUGCUUGCAAACAACAGAGCUCCUGUAGCUGUGGUAGGCCCUGACAGAGAACUGAUACUUCCAGUGAGCAGCAUCACUCUGAAUGGCAGUGACAGCACUGAUGACCAAGCGAUCACCAGCUACCAGUGGGAAAUCCUUAGUGGCCCUCCUGGAUCAGAGAUAAUGGAUACAAGCAUGGCAGUUGCACGGGUGUCAGGCCUGCAAGCUGCGAGUUACAGAUUUAAGCUGACGGUGCAGGAUGAGCAGGGAGCAUCUGACAGCGCUGUUCUCACAGUUACAGUCAAAGAAGCUGAAAGCCUGCCUCUCACUGCCCAUGCAAGUGGUAGCCACACACUUACCUUACCCAAUAACACUCUGGUGCUGAGAGGCUCUGUGUCUAACUGUGGUUCCACAAACGUGUCCUUCCUGUGGCUCAGAGACGAGCAGAGUCCAGCUGCAGGGGAUGUUCUGUUUGGUUCAGAUCAUGAGGCCUCUUUGUACCUGGCCAACCUUGUAGAGGGAACUUACCUGUUCCAGCUGCGAGUCAGUGAUGGUCAGGGUCACUCCAGCACUGCAAUGGCCACAGUGGAAGUCCGUCCUGAUGUACGUGAGCGGGAGGAGGUGGAGCUGGAGCUGCAGGUCCCCUUAGCUCAGGUCAGUCAGCAGCAGAAGGAGUCAGUGGUGAGGCAGCUGGCUGCACUGCUCCAUGUACUGGAUGCAGAUAUCGCUAUGAAGGGCCUUCACGGCCAGUCUGACAUCAGCACCGUUUUUAGGUUCUCAGUGCAGGGUUCUGAUGGGGCGAUCCCUGGCCCAAAACUGGCUCGUCUCCUGAGGUAUCAGCUUCUGAAGGAGAAAACAGAUUAUCUGCUCUUCAAAGUCCUCAGAGUGGACACAGUCAUGUGUUUGCUGCUCUGUUCUGGUCAUGGUCGGUGUGACCCUGUCACUCGAAGUUGCUCCUGUGAUCCUCUGUGGAUGGAGAACCCCUUUAGACACUUUCUUGAUGAUGAGAGCAACUGUGAUUGGAGUGUACUGUAUGUCACAGUCUGCUGCAUGGUGGUGAUUAUUUUUCUGGUGUCCUCAAGCUGGGCCUGGUGUAAAAGGAGCAGACGUACAAAAGUAAGAAAGAAAACCAAGUAUACGAUACUGGACAAUAUGGAUGAACAGGAGAGAAUGGAAUUACAGCCAAAAUACAACAUCAAGCACAGGAGCACAGAGCAUAACUCCAGCCUAAUGAUGUCAGAAUCGGAGAUUGAUAGCGAACAGGACACUAUCUUCAGUUAUGAGAGGAUGGACAGGGCCAGAAACCGAGCGAAUGGCGCCCUGAUGAAUGGAGACACGUACAGCCUGAGGCCCGUGGAAGGAUGAGACUUUUUUUUUUCCCCCCUUCACAGAAAACUGCAUUGCACAGGGCUGCUUUAGAUUCAGAAUGGGAAAUAUUU